CCGACAAAUGUAAACCGGAUUAUGGUUUUUCGAAAAAAAAAAUCAAGAGAGAAAAUCAGGCCAAUGUUAUUGAUUGAGAGGUGGAAGAAAAAAAAAAAGAUGCAGUUAAUGUAAAAAAUGUAGCAUAGGAAAUUAAAUUUAUUUGAGUUAUUAAAUUGAUUGAUUGGUUAAUUUAUAAUACCGGAUAGGAAUUGUAAACGAGUUGCAUCACGUAUUGUUGUUGAUUUAAUGAUUCUUCAAGUUCUACCCCUUCACUUGGAUAUCAAGUGGAUAUUACAAUUAUUAACACAAAAAAAAUUCACUGAUUGACAAGUUUAUUUGUUGUUAAUUUUAUUAUGUUUUAUUGUUAUUGAUACACCUUUUUUUUAUUUAAAAAUAAAUUGUAAAUUGAUCCUUGACAAGUUGGUGGUGUUAAUAAUAUGCAAAAUCAAUACUGCUAAGGUUCGAAUGUUUGUGAUUUUAUUUUGCUAGUUUUGUGAUAGACACACAAGCAAUGAGGCUUGUUUGGGGUCGAGGUUUAUUAUCAGACAAUAUUAACAUUGAAAAAUGGAAUAAUAAUAUUGAUAGUAUUAUUAUUAUGUUGAUAAAAUAGUUGCAACUUGUUGUUGUUAAUUGUUUUUAAAAAAUACAACAACAAAUUAAAAUAAUGUCACGACGAAGAGUCAGUAGUACAAAAAUAUCAAAAAGAUUGAGCUUUUUUGGUCUUGUUGUAGUGGCCUCAAUAUGUAUAUUUUUUUUAGUAUUUAAUCAACGAACAAGUAAUUACAUUGAACACCGUUUUCAGUCACCAGUUCAGAUAUAUAGAAAUAAUUUGACUCAAAUGGAGAUUCAUGAAGUUAUAGAGAUGCAAAAAAAAAUUUUAGAAAGAGAGCUAGAAGACUAUAAUUAUCCACUUGAUAAAACUGGUCUCAAUGUCAGUAGUUUUGAUGAUCUCAUGAUGGAAAAAGGAGGACGACCAAUGAGAAGUAUAAUCCUGGCAACUUGGAGAAGUGGUAGUACAUUUCUUGGUGAUGUUUUACAAGCACAUCCAGCAAAUUUUUAUCAUUAUGAGCCACUACUUGACUUUGGUAUAACACAAGUAAGAGGAUCACCAAUGAGUCAUCGAGCAAUUAAAAAUAUUAAUGCACUUUUUAAUUGUCAAUAUCAUAAACUUGAAAGCUAUCUUUAUUUUGGAAGAACUCAUCCAUGGGUGUUCAAUCAUAAUACUCAAUUAUGGCGACAAUGUCAAAGUCAUAAAAGAAUAUGCUGGAAUUCAGAUUUUGUUACAAAAUUUUGUCGUUUAUUUCCAUUUCAAUCGAUGAAGCUAGUUCGAUUAAGACUUAAAGUAGCUGAAUUUUUACUAAAACAAAAAAAACUUGGUGUACGAAUGGUUUUAUUGGUGAGAGAUCCAAGGGGUUUAUUGCAAUCAAGAAAGCACAGAGACUGGUGUCCAAAAAGUCCAGACUGUUCAGAACCAGCAAGAGUAUGUGCUGAUCUUGUAUCAGAUUAUGAGGCAGCUGUUAAUUAUAAAAAAAAAUAUCCAAAUAAUUUUAUGGUUGUGAGAUAUGAAGAUUUUUCACUUGAUCCAUAUACAAAUACUGAAAAUUUGUACAAAUUUUAUGGCCUAGAUUUACAUAAAAAAGUAAAAUACUUUUUAGAUACUCAUACUAGUCGUGAUUUUGGUGGUGUAUCAAGUACAUUUAGAAAUUCAAAGACAGCACCAUUUCAUUGGCGUAAUGAUUUAGCAUUUGAGGAAGUUGAAGAAAUACAAAGUGUUUGUUCAAAUGCAAUGAGACUGUGGGGCUAUCAACUUGCUCUAAACCAUACACAUCAAAAAGAAUUUCAUCCACUGAUGGAUUAUCAACUAGAGUUGUGAUUAAUUAUAAUAAUCUAUUUAUUUCACCAAAAAAGUAAUCAAGCAAGCUAGUACAUCAACGCACACAUACUGCUGCUACAAGACAAUUUUAUUCCAUUUUUUUAAAAUAUAUAUUAACAAAUGUAGAUGUGCCCAAGUGCCUGGUCAAUUGACCCUUCAAACAUACCACCAAAUCAUCGAAUGUACAUCACAAAAAAUAUCAACUAAAAAUGCAAUUAUCAACUAUUGUUCAAUUAAAUAUUUAUCAGAGAUAUUGGGAUAAUAAUUAUCAAGACAAAUUUAUCAAUUUUGUUUAAAGAAAUAAUUUUUAUUUGUUUAUAUAUGACCAACGUCAUCAAUCUGAAAUUACAGAGAAAAAAAACACGUUUAUUUUAUAUUUUUCGCUAUUUUUUUUAUUAAUUUAUUUGAAUAAUUAUUUAUUUAAUCAGUUAUAAGAGUGAUAUCAUAAUUAUUCAUCGCGUAUAUUAUUGAAGCAUCAUUUAAUAUUUUAUUGUCACUAUUUUUUAAUUAUUAAAUGAAACUUACGGGAAUUGAAGAUGAUGGAAUUGAUGACUGCAUUGUUGUUCUAGUUAUUUUGGUCAAGUCUGAAACAAAUAUAUCAAUCUUAUUAGAAUAUUUUAAUAUUAAAUAACUGUGAUUAUGUUGUUUUAUUGUAUUAACUCAGUGAGGGCAAGAACUAAUCAUGUAGUUUUUCUAUCAUUAUAGCGUAUAUGUUUAGAUCAUCAUGUAUAAAUUAUUUAUUUAAUAAUUAAAUUGUUUAGUUAAUUUGUUAUUUAGAAAAUUUUAUACCUUUUUUGUUGUGAAAAAAUCCAAAAUGUUUGAUGAGAAAAUUUGGAGUGUUUGAUACCAAAUUGUCACCUGGAAACAAAAAAUUAAAAUAUUAUUAGAUUAAUAAUCAAAGUAUUAUUUAUUGUGAUCAUAAUAUUAAGAAUUAUUUGUAAUUAUUCAGACAAAAAUUAACUUCAAUAUGAACUAAAGACUCAAGCGAGUCUUAAGUCAAAAAUUCAGAGAUAUGCUUGUUAAAAAUUUAAUCAUCACGUAAAAUUACAAAAUUAACUACAAAAAUGUAAAUGUUUUAAAUGAGAUUUUUACCUUGAAAAUAGUAUGCUGAUGAUGUUGAAUGAGCAUCAAGACUGCAUGUGUUAAUUAUAUCCUUCAAGACAUCUGUAAAAUAAAUUAAAUUUUAUAAUUAAAAAACUGCUUUAUACAAAAAUAUAUAUUUUUAGUUAAUAAUUUUAACUUCAGGUACCAAAGAUAUCACCAUGAUUUUUGUAAGACAGGGAUAACUGUUAAAAUAGAUUGUUCAUCAUUUAAAAAUAAUAAAUAUUGAAAUUUAUGGCAA